GUCGAGAUAAAGAAGAAUAAGAAGUUAUUCCAGUUUUCAAGACCAAUAAGCCAUCAAUUUUUAGUGAUAAACAAACCACGCAUAACUGAUAAAGAUGCUUCAUUAAUUAAAUCUACAUUUGAAAUCUUCAUCGCAAGCUCACCAUCAACCCCUACCUCAAUAAUAAUAACCGAAGAAUACAAUAGUAAUAUGAAGGACCAAGAUGCUAAUGAAUGCUUAAAAAAGCUUCCGAAAGUCCAGGAAUUCUUAAUGCAAGCAAUAGAUGGAAAUUAUGCCAAUUUUUUGGAUAGAGUGAUGUGUUAUAAAGCUGACAAUUACCAUUCUAAAAAUGAAGUGCAAGCAAUCAAUCUAUUAAAAUACAUUCUUAUCGACUAUCAUGCAAACUGUGAGAAACCUGCUUAUUACACUGGUACCAAUGAGAGAACACCUUAUUGUGAGCAUAUCAUUCCUGUAUUCAAGUAUUUCAGUGCGGUUUAUAAGAAUCUGUCUUUUAUGUGGCAAGUUAAAGAACAGGCAAAUCAUUUAAUAUUCUCAAUUUCUAAUCCGUUUUGUGAAUCACAACAGGUGUGA